UUAAUUAAGUUUUCAUGAAUUUGCUGCCGUAACAACAGGAACAUGUGAAAAGAUAAAAAUGCAAAUGCAUGCAGAAAUAGCAAAAUAAAACAACAGCUGACACAAGUCAUAUCUGUAGCUUCAAAAAUACUUGUUUAUAACCAAAAUGCCACUAAGGAACAGACGCACGAUAUGGAAUAAAGAACCAGUAGUCUGGUAUAUUGUCUAUCGAAAUAUUGAGUUGAGUUAUGGUAAAAAAGAGGAAACUCUAGAUGCGCAAGACGCCGACGAUGAAGUUCAGGAGAUGUGUGAUCAAUUCAAGGAAGAAGUAGCAAAAACAACAAAAAAAUCAAUUGUAAACAUGGAAGCAGAAUCUUUUGGAAUUCGUGUGGUUGACACUGGAAUCAACUUUUAUAUCAAGGCUAGUAUUUCUUCAAAAGAGUGUGUCCAUUUACGAGUUCAUCGACCGUUCAGUUAUCGAAAAGAAAAGUUAAGACUUGAAGCAGUGCUGGCAAAUCAAGGAAAACAGAAACAAUUAAAUUAUUUCUAAGCUUUAUUUUCAUUUAUACAUACAGUAACGAAAAAGUCAAAAUAUAUUUAUUGGCAAUCAUAUACAGACAAGCAGUUUGUUGCAUAAAAUAAAUAUAAAAGUAAAAAUUCAAUCAUGUAUAAUUUAUUAAAUUAAUUUUUUUGUCAUGUAUAACCAUGUUGGGAAGUUUAUCAAUGUAUAG